AUGAGGUCAGAUGGUUUAAUACAUAUUAAGACCCUAAUUUCUAAUUUAUCUAUCUAUCUAUCUAUCUAUCUAUCUAUCUAUCUAUCUAUCUAUCUAUCUAUCUAUUGCAAUCUCUGUUUAUCUGAAUAUUUCCUCUCUGUCCAUGUUUUUCCCAUUAUUACAAUUUUUCUAUCUAUCUAUCUAUCUAUCUAUCUAUCUAUCUAUCUAUCUAUCUAUCUAUUGCAAUCUGUCGACAGUUGUCUAUCCCUAUCUUUCCUCUGUGUCCAUCUGUCUUUCCCAUUAAUAUUAUCUAUCUAUCUAUAUGUUCGUCUCUGUUUAUCUGAAUAUUUCCUCUCUGUCCAUGUUUUUCCCAUUAUUCCUAUCUAUCUAUCUAUCUAUCUAUCUAUCUAUCUAUCUAUCUAUCUAUCUAUCUGUUUGCAUCCAUAUUUCUGUCUCUCUUUCUGUCAGUCUAUUCCACUCUUCCCUCUCUCCCUCUAUCUUUCUAUCUCUCUAUCUAUCAUAUAA